GAAAGCCCUGCAACUGAAAACGAAAUCGAUGAACCCUCUUUUCCCGCCUCGUCGCACCUAGUCACGUGAUCCACCUGAUUUAUUACUAAAAAGCCCCUCCUGCCUCCUCUCUCUCUCUCUCCCUCUCUCUCGAUCGAUGCAGAAGAAUCUCUGCCGUAGAAAUCUCUCUCUGUAUCCAUGGCGUCUCUAACCCCAGGCGUACUCUCGAAGCUUCUUCAGCACGCGAGCACCGACGUCAGGGUCGCCGGCGAGCACCGGACGGCGCUCCUACAGGUCAUUGGAAUCGUCCCGUCCGGCGGGGCGGACGACCCGCUCCAGAGCUCCGGCUUCUUCCUGAAGGUCUCCGACUCGCUGCACUCGACCUACGUCUCGAUCUCCGACGAGGACGCCGAUCUCAUCUUCAGCGACAAGAUCCAGCUCGGGCAGUUCGUCCACGUGGCGCGCCUCGAUUCGGCGUCGCCUGUUCCGGUCCUCCGCGGCGUGAAGCCGGUGCCGAGGAGGCGGCCGUGCAUCGGCAAUCCCAAAGACCUGGUUUCCAGCGAUCUGCUACCGUUCCGGCAUCGGAACGCGGAACCGAUAUCGGAUGGGAAAUCGUUGCGGCGGGCGUCGUUGGGGGGGAGUUGCAGGGAGGAGAAGAGGCCGAACUUGGAUUCGCUGCGGCGGGGUUGGGAGAGGAGCGCUGGUGCGCCGAAGAAGAAUGGAGUCGUGAAGCCUCAGCCGUUGGAUUCUAAGUGGAAGGAGAAGGAGACGUCACCUUCUUCAGAUUCUGCUUCUGUUCUUUCAGAUAAAAAAGCUUCUCCCAGGCAUGAACCAUCCUUGAGACGUCAAAGUUUGAGCAAUUCCCCAUUGAAAAAUAAGAGCAAUCACAUGGCAUUGAAACCAAUGAGCAAGUCAUCAAAAAGAGAGACCAAUUCAUCUGUGGAGGCAGAUAUUCAAUCUCAUCUAGUUAAGGUGCAUUUUGGUCCUAGAAAUUGGCAUCAGACCAUUUCCUGGGAUGUACUUCCAUCUAGUCUUCAUGAUUUUGGGAAGGAUGCUUUGCAUCACAGGAAUGCUGCGUUUUUGGCUGCAGUGGAUGCUCUGCAGGAAGCAUCUGCAGCGGAGAGUGUCAUUCAAUCUUUGAGCAUGUUUGCAGAACUUUGCGAGACUGCUGAACAAGUUUCUCCACGGCUCUUGGUUGAGCAAUUCCUAAACCUCCAUCAGAGUAUGCAGCGAGCGGCUACCAUAACAGAUGCGAUGCUCAAGACGAGAUAUUCGGAAAGGGAAACUUCCACAGCCACUGGUUCACAGCUUCAGCCGCAAGAAGUUCCCAAAAUUUUCACUGAUAAAACAGCAGAUGCUACAUCAUGGGUCCAAGCUGCUUUAGAGACGGACCUAUCAUCGUUUUCUCUAUUAAGCAAGCAAGACAAGAGGGGGAACCUACACCAUGACCAACAUCACUAUCUGGUCUUGGAAACUUCACUGCAUCAAAACGAAGGGAAACCAAAGAAUCCCAUCUCUCACAGCAAACAGAAUCCAAAGAAACAGGCAAGCUUGCCUGCUUCGAGCACCAAGGGGAUAUCUUCUUCUAGACGGGUGGGAAUGCCAGUAAAAAACAAGGCUGGCGGUGAAAAGCGUGAGCAGUGUAAAGGAAGAGGUUUGAGGGAGAUGGCAUCAGUCGCAAAAAGUCUCGUCUCAGUUUCUCGCGGAUGGUUCUUCAGGUACUUGGACAGCGCAUUGGAUGAUGGAUUUGGAGGGAGAGAAGGAGAUGGAGAUGGUGAGAUUGCAGGUAUUCUUGGGCAGCUUAAGAGAGUGAAUCAAUGGUUGGAGGACACAAUUGGGGAGGGACUCGAGGUGGAUGAGAACGUGGAGAAUUUGAAGAAGAAGCUGUAUAGGUUCUUACUAGAGAAUUUGGAUUCCGCCACAGUAGCUAGUAGGUAAGGAAAGAACUGACAGUAGAGGGACUCGAGUUGGAUGAGAGUGGAGGAUUUGAAGAAGCGGUACAGGUUCUUACUCAAGAAUUUGUAUUCCGCCGCAGUAGCUAGUAGGGAAGGAAAGAGCUGACAGAAUAUUAUUCAAGCAAGCUAAUUUCUAAUGAAUUCAUUGAAGUACAGUCUUACAUGUAUUAUGCACACAUAGGUGACAGAAUCUGACCAGCACAAUUCGACUUUUCCCCCCCUUGAAGAAGAGGUCGAUGUUGGGUUGGAGCUUUGUCCCAAUGGAAAAAGCUGCUCCCUGAUCAAUAGAUAUGUGUCUAACCUUAUUACUGAUCUUUCUUGAUCAAUACAGCGGGUGAUCCUUACUGCGAAUGACUUUCUAUUUCAUAUACAUGAUAAAUGGAUUUAUCGUGCUAGUUUGAAA